ACCGGUUUUAAGUGGAAACAGCCUCAGUGUCAGCUGAGUGCCUUAUCAAUUCAAUCAGAUAAGAUCUUGUGUCUUCCCUGCUUCCCUUAUCCUUGUUAGGCAAACCGCCACCAUUCAUCAUCAUUACCACCUAUUUCCUAUUAGGUGCUCCCUAUUAGGUGCCCCCUUCUCAAUCAUGCCCCCCGAUACGGAAUGGGCACUCAAAUUUCUAAAAGAAAGCUUGAGAACAUCUCAUAUUUCUCAUGUUGUCGACGAGGUUCAUCCUUUACACGGUGACGCCCCUCCUUCGAAUGGCCCGAACGUUCCGAUCAGCCCGGAGAGGCUUCAAUAUUUACGAGAGUUAAUUUCCUAUAUUCUCCACGGUCGCGCCAUCAUCUUUCACUACAACGUCACUCUAUUAAUAAUACUUGCACUUUUCUGCUUAUUCCACUUGGCUGAAAAGCUCAGGCAGAAGUCAAGAUGGCUGAUAAUCGAGCAAGACCCAGCUGCAAAGUCAGAACAACUCGACCAAGCAAACGAGGUUUCUGGUAUCGCAAGCGAGGCUGGCUCGUCUUCUAGUAGUACUUUGGAUGGGUCGUUAGCGUCCAAACUCACGCUAAAGCCUGUUGAUAUAGAUGUUGAGAGACAGCCCCUCCUUGGAACUCGACAACAAAGUACAGCUUCAGUUGCAGAAAAGCCUAGGAAUGCCAUACUGAACAGUCUGAAUUAUCUAUUAACAUAUCAGCCGCGGCCCAUCCCAUUUAUCAAUCGGACACUACCAUCAAAUGGAACGUCCAUUUUCGUUCUAUCGUACUUGGCCCUCAAUGCGUUUUACCACUUAUAUCAGCUGCCUUUUGAGUCCCGAUUUUUCUUUGCUUUUGCUGAUCGAGCUGGUACCAUGUUUAUCGUCAAUCUACCACUUCUAUACCUCCUCGCGGCGAAGAAUCAGCCAUUGAAAAUUCUCACCGGCCGUUCGUACGAAGCUCUGAACAUAUAUCAUCGACGUGUCGGCGAGCUAAUGUGCUUCGAAGCAUUUGUUCAUUUCGCAAGCAUGCUGAUUUGGCGGCUUCUGGUAUCACCUGCAUGGCUCAAGACUGGCAGCACGUUUCGUGAAUACAUCACACAUCCCCUCAUACUUCUCGGACUCGGGGCAUUUGUGUCAUACGAAUUACUAUUUUUCACCUCUCUUGGCAGUUUCCGAGAGAGAUGGUAUGAAUUAUUCUUGGCUUCCCACGUCACCUUACAAAUUGCGGCACUGGCAUUUUUAUGGCUUCACUUCUAUACGAGCCGGCCGUAUGUCUUCGCGUCCCUCGUUAUUUUCAUGCUCGAUCGAAUUGUUUGGCGUCUGCUUGUGAAAUCUGACAAAUUCACUGCGGAUCUUACGAUACUAGAAGAUGACCAAACGCUGCUGCUCUCUGCGGAUUGGGAUAUACCUUCGCAGAGCAACCAGGGGUGCUUGAAUCGUAUCAAACAAAGCAUACGGCAUGGCUGGGACCCAGCCGAUCAUGUUUUCAUUACAGUUCCUGCGCUGGGGCGAAGCCACGCCUUGCAAGCUCACCCAUUCACCAUCGCUUCCGCCGCACCCGUAGAAGGUUCCGCAGACUCGCCAAGUCAUGCUUGGCUAAGUCUAUUGAUUCGGAUACAAUCGGGCUUCACUUCUAGUCUGCUAGAAUAUGCACGCUCUAAUAAAAGGGCGAUGGUCCGCUUAGACGGACCCUACGGGUCUCAUGAUCCUCUCAAUAUGUUAAGGUCAUGCGACAAUGCCAUUCUCAUCUCAGGCGGUUCUGGAAUUGCGGUUGUGUUCCCCCUGGCGUGGGCUCUUGCUACACGCCAUCGUGGAAAGAGGCAGGUCCAUCUUAUCUGGGUGAUACAUUCUAGAGCCCAACGCGCUUGGCUUCCGGAGGAGAGAAUUGCGGAUCUAAGGAAGUUCGGAGUAUUUGUAACAAUUCCCGAGCCGACUAAUGAGGCUGGUAGGCCGGACAUUGCUGGUUAUAUUUCCAAUUUGACCACUGCCGCGGAGGGCAGGGUAGGGUUUGUGGUUUCGGGACCUGACGGGUUAAACAGGACCGCUAGAAAUGCCUGUGCAAGAAUGGUUAGGGAGGGGGCUGAUAUCCAGUUACGAAUAGAGAAAUUUGGUUGGUAAAGACAUGAGAAAGGUCGCGUUUUAUGCAUAUUUAUAGAUUGGGCUUCGCACGACGGUAUGCGACUUUGGCAUCCAUUUUUAUCGGUUGGAUUUAGAUCAAGUAGAGGAAGGUAGGCGAUAAGGUGGUUAGAGUCCUUCCUAUUUUAACAUGACUCGAGAAUGAUUAUUUAGAGGCCUU